GUGCCCUUUUUGAGGUUUAAUGAUUUUUUUAUACAUUUAUUUAUUUUUAUUUUUAUUUUAUUUUUUAAAGAAUUUUCUGUUUGUGCCCCCUCAACAAUAACAAAAAUAAUAAUUAAUAAAAUUUCUGUUUAAUAAAGUUAUAUAGCUGGCGUGAGUCACGUGACCACCUUCCCUUCCUGACGCCAGAGCGCACAGCCGGUCAGCGCCCACGUUUCCUUCAUGGCCGAGGGAGCGGUGCAGAGCUUUUAGGACAUACAUAUUGAUUGGGAGAAACGGACUAACACCGACAUGCCUCGUAAGGACAGGAGGCGGAAGCAGCGACAGAAAGAGCUACAUGAGGCAGCUAAAGGCAGUGGGUCCCUCACCAGCUGGAUAAAAAAAGAGUACAGUCUGAGAUCAACACAGCCUUGCCCUCCAGCAUCAUCAGCAGCAGCAAGAGGAGCAACCCUGCAACAGCUACAUUGUACCCCAUCAUCAGGUAAAAUAGGACAGCAAUAGAUCAGGAGGUGGAGCAGCUUGUCCAGUAAUCGGAAGGUUGCAGGUUUGAGCCUGACUUCAAUCAGAGAUUGAUGCUGUUGUGUCCUUGGGCAAGACACUUAACCUGCUUUGCCUGCUGGUGGUGGUCGGAGGGACCGGUGGUGCCUGUGCUCAGCAGCUUCACCUCUGUCAGUGCGCUCCAGAGCAGCUAUGGCUACAUCAUAGCUCAUCACCAUCAGUGUGUUAAUGUGUGUGUGUGAAUGAUUGAUUGUGUUGUAAUGUGCCUUGCGGGGUUGUAGAACCCUAAGAAGGCAUUAUACAAAUACAGACCAUUUACCAAAACAAGUUAUUUUUGCUUUACAUUGUCCUUAUGGUGCAUAUAAUGAUUCGCUUCCAUUUUGAAUUUCUAAUAAAUAUGAUUUGUUAUUCAGUCGGGUAUACUGUGGUUAUGUCAUGGUGUUUGAAAAUAUUAUUCUGUGUGCCCCUUUUUAAAUUUGAGCACCCGCCCCUUCAAAGGUCUCUGCACAGCCCUGCAGUGCAUGACUAUGCCAGAGGACUAGUAAGCCAGUGGCGUGUCCAGAUCUUUUAAAAUGGGGUGGCCCAGGUGAGACAUAACUUUGUGCAUGGGUGGCACCACUGGUUAUGCUUUUUUUGUUUUACCCCCAAUCCUUUUGUGGACAAUGAAAAGCCUAUUUAAAGGUAAAUUAGUGUGGUGGCACCUGGGGUGGCCAAUCAGAUUCCAAGGGUGGCAUGUGCCACCCCAGGCCACUCCCUGGACACGCCCCUGUAGUAAGCCACAUCAACAAGCGUUGCCCUGCUGAUAAACCCUUUGCCAUCCCUGAAGGCAGAUUGCUUGAUCACACAGCAGAAAACAUCAGACAAGCUGCAGAGAGAAAACUGGAAGUGAGCUUACCCUGGUUAAAGCACAAGAAAGACCCCGAAGACGAGGGAGGCCAUCCUGUAACUGGCUCCGCCGAGCGCUACUGUUUGAGUGACGUCUGCCACCAAGGCAACAGCAUAGACCACCGUGAUAUCUUAAGAAGGAUUGAAAUUGUUCCUGAACUUGCAGGAAAAUUGAAUAGCCAGUGUGCAGAGCAGCUCUUUGCAGGAGUGAGAAAAAACAACUAUUUUCUAAACAUGCUCACCCCAUCUUCACAUGUAUUUCUGCAAAGAAACAUCCCGCACCACUACAAUGUCAGGAAGAACACAAGAGCAAAGGAAGCCAUUCAGAAAGUCAUCAGUCCUCAAGCAGCAUUGGUUUUAGACCAAAAUGGAUUCAUUGUGACGGGUAAAACUCAUUUGUUGUGUGUGUGCUUGUGUUGUUAUUGCUGUGGCCAGAGCCGAAUUAAAUAAAUGGACUAGACUAGGCAGGCUGCAUUUUAUGGGCCCCCCCUCCAUCGAUGUUAUUUAAUGAAUUGAAAUCUGAAACUUACCAAAGUUACUUAUAAAAGUUCAUUCACAUUUUACGUAGCCUAGUCUUUGGUUACAAAUUGGUUGUUUGUAUGUAAAACAUUCUAUCAGACAAUUUUAUGAUAUUAAUUAUACGUCAUUACACAGCUGUAUUAAAUGCUAAUAAAUUAUCCUCAUCUUAUCCAUUGGGAGUGUCAAUGUCAAGGCGGUACCAGUAAAUAACCACUAGGUGUCAUUAUACUCUAUAAACAGAGCAAAUAUAUUCAUCUUAUUUGCUCUGUUUACAUUUAAUCAACACAUUUAAUUAAAAAGAUUUUCUGCUAAAUACAAUAGCUUACAUUUAUGAAUGUUGACAAAUUAAUCACAUGAUGGUGGAAAGACAUUCAAGAAGAAAUAGAUUCAUUUGAAUGGACUGAAGCAUGUUUUAAAGGCGCAAAAACAAACUAUAAACACGCAGCUUAAAUGAUUACAGUAUAAAUUUUAUACAAUCUAUAAUCUUAAAAGAAAGUAUUUUAAUAAAAUGAAAACGUUAUCUUAAGUUUUGAUCUUGCUUUAUGCUCAUUCAGGCUGUUGUUGCCUCUGCUGAAUCAGAAAUUCUGUGUCAAUUUUCUGAGUGUGAACUUAUUGUUAGUUUUGUUAUUUGAACAUUAAUAAAAAUAUUUAAAAAUAAAAAUUAAUAAAACCAGCAACACUUACCAAGGAAACCAUUUAGCACGCUCCACUCCGGGAUAAUCUUCAGCCUUCCAGCAUCACGCUUUUUUAAUUGUCAAUUGGCAGCUAGACUUUAUUUAGCAUGUCUUUGCUUUGUCGUGGGUCUCACCUUUCUAAUGAUGCAUUUUUACAGAUUCUGAAGCCUAUGAACAGGGAGAUUUUCUUCCUUGAGUCCAUCAACGGCUCAGGCUUCACUCAUGCAAACCACAUCCAAACCUUAAGGUUUUAUUGUAAUCACUGGGAAAUUUGCAUGUGUUCCAUAUUCAGUUGUUGUGUUCUGUUGAACACACAGUUCAGCUUUUAUCUUCCUCUUUAUUGUUAAUAAAUGUAUUUUAAAAAUGUUACCCUCAAUGCUCCUCCCCCAUCCACACUGAGGUGACAUGCGCUGCUUCGUGGCUGCAGGAACUGAAGUUGGGAUAGUCCCAACCCACCACCCCACCUAGUGGACACUUAUGUUGUGUUGUCUGAAGUCUGUUGCAGAUCUGUCUGAGGUGUUUUUUUGCAGAGCAAAGCUGCCCUCCUGGUGGGAGGGUAACUCUGAAGUGCCUUUUUGUCCCCUCCACCUGAACCAAUCCUCAUGUAACCCUCUUAUCUCUAUUAAGGUAGAGCAACUCAGGGUUGCGAAUGACCACACUCACCAAUUCUUGUCAUGUGUCUUGCCCAUGUAUGUCUGAUCUCUGAAUUGUGUGUACUGAAACUCUAAUUUCCCUCUGGGAUUAAUGUGGCGGUUUUAAACUGGGGCCCACAGGGGCCUGGGCCCCUGUAGAUCCGGCCCUGGCCCCUGUGCUGAAGAGAUCGGAUUUUUUUUUCCCCCGCGCCGCCUCGGAGACGGGAACUAAUGCGCUGCAGCGUUUCACACGGAGCCUUUAGAGCGCAGCACACUGUGUGGACAGAACUGUUUACCCGGUGGAUUUUUGAAUAAAAGAUUAAAAAUAGUUUAAAUGGGACCCGAAGAAGUUCUUGAGGACGCCAAACGGAAAAGACGCUAAGAGACGAAGGUAAGCAAUACAGUUUAUUUUCCUGACAUCAGUGUUUUGAUCGUAGUCGCGCGUUUCUGUCAUUUACUUUUAAGUUCCUAACUGAGUCUAUCCACAGUUAACACUGACUUGUUGUUCCUUUGUAACAUUAACUGUAAAAUAAAAAUGAAGUUGCUGCAUUUUAAGCCUUAGACACGUUGAGAUUAGAUCACAGUAUUCAUUUAUCUAUGACUUUCUCGCAGCACUGACUGGAAGCAUCAGCGGCCAUGAAAAGAAAAAGGGACAUUUUGUCCUUUUUUACCGCUGUUAAUAAAGAACAGCGUAGACAGAGAGAGGAUGAAAGUCACGAGGGAGCUGAGAAGCAGGAUGAAAGAGAAGGAGGAGUUGGUUGGAGAGGAACCAGAGAGGUCAGAGGCUGUCCACCCUGAGAGUGAGGAGGAGGAAGAUGUAGGCUGUGAGGGAGAGAGUGAGGAGCAAAAAGAGGGACAUCUUCUGUCAUGUGCACCGUGUACACUACCGUCAGAUAUCAGCAAGUGCAAGGAUGACCCACCUACUCAGCAUCAUUUGAGGACAUUUCCAGUGACAUUAAUAGGAGACAGAAGACGCAGCUUUCAGCCAAGCUGGUAUGAAAGUCAUCCUUGGGUUGAAUAUUCUGUUACUAUGGACUCUACUUAUUGUCAUGCAUGCAGACAUUUUAGCUCACCAAGUAGCGCAGGAAGUGUGUUUGACUCUCAGUGUGGAUUUGGGAACUGGAAAAAAGCAACUGAGAGAGGAGGAGGGGUUUCAGUACGUGCAAAGUCUGAAAGGCAUAAGGAUUCAAUGAUAGCGUGGAGGGACUACCAGAGGGCUGUGAAAGCUAAUACAACAUUGGCUAAUGUACUCGACAAGGAACUCAGUAAAAAGGUUAAAGAAAAUCGUGAGUAUAUCAGAACAAUUGGUGAAGUGAUUUUGCUUACAGCCCGGCAAAACAUAGCCCAGAGAGGACACAAUGAGUCUGAGGAAUCAAAUAACAAAGGCAACUUCAGGGAAAUUCUUGAAAUGGUUGCAAAUCAUGAUCCAGCUGUUAAACGUAGACUCACAUCCAUUCACAACGCAAAAUACACAAGCAAGAUCAUUCAAAAUGAGGUUCUUGAUUGUUUGGCAGAAAUGGUACGCUCUGAAAUCAUUGAAGAAGUGAAAAGCAGUCAGUAUUUCAGCAUCAUGGCAGAUGAGACUAAAGAUGUUUCAAAACAGGAGCAGAUAUCAUUCAUACUCAGGUACUAUUAUGAUGGAGCUAUCAAGGAAAGUUUUCUCCAUUUUGAAUCUGCAGAAAGACUAGAUGCAGUGGGCCUUACUGAAAAGAUAGUAAUAGUCAACCUAUUGGAACGCCAUGGGUUAGACUACAAAAACAACCUUAUAGGCCAAGCAUAUGACGGUGCUGCUGUAAUGAGUGGUAAGCAUUCUGGGGUCCAGGCUAAAAUUAAAGAGACAGCUCCAUUUGCAUUUUACAUCCAUUGCAGUGCCCACUGUCUCAAUUUAGUAUGAGUUGAUUCUAUCAAAGCAGUCCCAGAAGCAAGAGGAAUGUUUUGCUCUGUUACAGAGUCUCUAUGUUUUUACUUCUGGCUCAUAGGUACACCCCAAAUGGCUGGCUGUGCAAAAUGAGAUGUAUGGCAGCACAAGAGAGCUACAAAAAUUAAGUGACACAAGAUGGGCUUGCCGAUUCAUUGCUCUACGCAACAUCAUGGACAGAUUACCUGCCCUAAAACGUGUCCUGCAAGAGACUGCACAAGAGCGCAGGGGAGGAAAAUCUUCUGAGGCUCGAGAUCUUCUGGCACAGAUUGACCUAGAAUUUGUUGUGCAUCUUGUUACGCUCCGUACAUUGUUCGGAGAAACAAAGCUUCUUUCAGAUAUGCUGCGGUCCUCAACUGUUGACCUCUCAAAAGCAGCCGAUUUAGUUGAAGGAUUGGUGCAGACUUUAACAGAUUUCAGGCAGGAGUCCUUUUUUGACAAGUUGUGGGGGGAAGUACUGAACAUUUGUGAACAGUGUGAUGCUGCCACACAGUCGGAAGCAAAACGACAGAUAAAGACAAGCUCCAGACUUCGUGAGUACCACAUACUAAGCUCAGUUGGUCAGAGGGAGCUGGCCUCUGACAAAGAAACUUAUCGGUCUUCUUUUUUAUCCUGUCAUUGACUGCAUGCUAAGUGAACUGAGCAGACGUUUUUCAAAGACCAGUUGUGAGCUGAGCAGUAUUCGAUCUCUUAACCCUAAAAGUGAUGCUUUUUGGAAAGACACCACUUUGUUUGAGUUUGGUCAUCUUUUUGAUGCUAAUAUUGAGGAUCUGGGGCAUGAACUGCAUCAGUUCAAGAGACUUUUGGAUAGAAAAAUAAAGACUGGUGUGGUUGAAAAGCUUUCUGAUACAGUGGAGUUGAUCCGUUUCACAGAGCCAUACAAAGAGGUAUUUUACGAGUUCUUUAGACUGUGCAAAAUCGCAGUUGCACUCCCAGUAAGUUCUGCCUCUUGUGAGCGGAGUUUUUCAACAUUAAAAUUAGUAAAAACCUACCUCCGGUCUACCACUACAGAUGAGCGCCUUAGCAAUCUAGGGGUGCUAAGCAUUGAAUCCAGAUGGGCCAAGGCUCUGAACCUUGAAGCAUUUGUAGACCGUUUUGCAAGACAGCACAAACAUAGAAUACUGUUAUUGUAAUGGGACAGAUUACUGUGUGACCAAUUUCUGUGUCACAUCUUGAUGAUGAUUCAUGCUGUAAAACUAAAUCAGCACAAACUUACACAAAAGAAGUGUGUGUGUGUGUGUGUGUGUGUGUGUGUGUGCGUGUGCGUGUGUGUGUGUGUGUGUGUGUGUGGACUACAAAAAGCAAAUUGUAUUGUGCAGAUAUUUUAUUUGAAUGUUUAUUUUUCAUAUGUACAUUUCAUAUAAUCUUCAAAUAAAGUCACAAACUAUAAUAAUUGACUAGAAUUGUCUUUUUACUCAAGUCUCAUGUUGCGGUGAAGCAUUCAGAAUUGUUAUCUGAGUACCAUAAAACAUGCCGGUUUUACUUUCACAAGUAAACCAUUACUGCAUUCGCCGUAAUAGUUUACUUGUUCAUUGUCUUUUAUUAUGAUUUUUUUUUUCUUGCGCCCCCAUGAAAAAAUACUGGCCCCACUGUGGCCCCCCUGGAAAAUUUGGUCUAGAACCACCCCUGUAAAGUAUAUUUGAUUGAUUAAUUGAUAAUUAUUAUUUUUAUCUCACUCUCAUUUUUAUUAUUACAUUACUUUUAUCUUAUUAUUGUCAUUUCUUUUUUUUUUUUUUUGAGAAGUAAUGUGAUUGAGUAAAUAGGGUAGGCAUAAAAAGCUAGGCUUCAGCCUACACCUGUUUGGUUACUAUAAUUGAGAUUCUGUAUUACUGUGUUCUUUCUUUUCCUUUUAAAUGACAAAAAUCAAUAAAUAAACAUUCAUGUUGUCUUGUAAUUUUAUGACAGUCUCACGGUGCACAUGUGUGUUGUUUUCAUAGACUUGUGCUUGAAGCUGUGCUCCUGGAGGUGAUCCUAACAGAAGGAGAUGCAGCUUACGGGCGACGGUGGCACAGGAGUUAAGUGCUCGCCCCGUGAUCGGAAGGUUGCAGGUUCGAGCCCCGCUCAGUCUGUCGCUGUCGUUGUGUCCUUGGACAAGACACUUAACCCACGUUGCCUGCUGGUGCAGCCUCGCCUCUGUCAGUGCGCCCCAGGGCAGCUGUGGCUACAUUGUAGCUCAUCCCCACCAGUGUGUGAAUGUGUGUGUGAAUGGGUGAAUGACUGAUUGUGUUGUAAAGCGCCUUGGGGGGUUCCAGGACUCUAGAAGGCGCUAUAUCAAAUACAGGCCAUUUACCAUUUACCUGUCAUCGGCACUGACCUGCAAACACUUCAUCACCAUUGUUUCAGAUCCUGUUUUUAGGAAGAAGGCCCACUUUGCCUGGCUGGAUGUAAUAAAUGACCAAUGAUGUUAAUUAAUUGGCUUAAUUUAAUUAUCAUUUUGUUAAUAGGUGAGAUUCACUGGAGCAGGUUUUCUGCAACCUUCAAGUCUGAGCACGGUCUAUACAAAGACUGUGUGGGCUUCACGGGAAAAGGACGAAGAGGAAAGUACCCUCGCUAUUACUCUGGUGGGAUACCUGGACACUGCCCUGGCUGUCAGCAUUGAGCAUGUUCAAAUGUUCAAACAUUGCCAAAUAGUCCAGUGAAACAUUUCUGCAGCAAGUGCACUCACAUGUGUUUUUUUGUAAUGUUGAAAAGAACUGCUGCUGUUUAGAUUUUUUUGAAACAAUAUCCUGUUGUUCCUCUGUUUGAGAAUAAAGUUUCUUGAAAAAUUG